AUGACACUUUUCAAUAUCAAUCCGGUUGCUCGGGCAUACUGUCUGAUAACAUUAGGGACCAAAAUGCUAAAUUCUGUCUUCAGUUUCUAUUAUGUGAAAUUUUUUAUACAUAUAUACCGAGUUCCUGAAGUGGCCUUCUAUCAAUCCCAGAUAAUUUUAAUGAUCUGGAAUGUUCUUAAUGUCCUGACUGGGUAUUUUCACAUCGACUUUAAGACUGAAYGCUUUUUAUGCAGUAAUCUUUCUGUCUUAUAUGGAACUCUUUUAUAUGCAGUGGCCUUCCUGCUUCCUUGGUUCCCUUGGAAAUUCUAUGAAGAAAUUGACUGGCUUAGUGCACUUCACCUGGUGGUAUCAUUAUGUGCUUUUGAUAGCACACUUACUUGUGUGGAGCAAGCCCAGUGCAGAUUCUUUGCAGAAACUGUUACUAGGCAAGAAAGUCAUCUUCAGCUGAUUAAAAUGAAUCAUGUGGCAGCACUAGUAGGAUCUACCAGUGUCCUUUUCUGUGGCCUCAUCUCUAAUAACUUGGAAAUUCUGCCCAAAUUUCAGUCUGUUGCUAUUGUCAUUGCCUUUUUUGCAGCUUGCAGCCUUUACAGUGGCAUGUACUACAUGAGAUAUUUUGAACCUAAAAGAAGCAGCGAGGAAAAUGUUUUCUUGGAAAGUGAACAGGAUCUCACCUGGACCUCUGUUGCCUUAUUUUUGAGACAAAUCUUGUUCCAGAAGAACUUCUUUCUUUUUCUGAUCAUGAGUUUCUUACAAGUCUUCCAUUUAACUUUCUUCAAUAACUUCAUGAUGAUUUUUGCAGAUAAUCUCAUUCCCAGGAAUGUUCUUUCUUCUUCCACAAGGAGCAUCAUGUACGGGGCAGGAUUCAUUUGCCCACAGUGCCUUGUCCUUAUGGGUCAGUCCUGGCUGAAGAAAUUUGGUUACUAUAAGAUUAUCUUAACCUCUUUCUACCUAGAAGGAGUGGUCUCCAUUGUCAUGUUACUUCUGGGACAGGAUUACUAUUACUGUUUGGCUUUUUAUCUCAUUAUUAUCAAGGUGAUUGUGCAAGCUUCUUUUUGUUUAUUUAACCUGCCACUAGCUGACCUGAUYCAUGAAGAUUUACUGAAGUUCAAUAGGCAAUUGUCCCUUUGCUCACUGAUUUUUGGCAUCUAUGCUCUGUUUACCAAGCCUGCUCAGUCUUUAGCUCCCAUGGGGGUGCUGUGUAAGCUAAAGCAGCAUGAAUAUUGGGACCCAAACAGCAGAAAAUUAGAUCAUCAAGAUCAUAUAUUUUAUUUGGUUUGCCUGGUUCCGCUGGGCAUUGCAGUAAUUCAGAUUCUGGUUUGGAGUCCAUUUUCGAUCAGGACCAACACAGACUACACAGGAACUCUUUAA